GACCGUUGAUAGCGUAGCGUCGCGCGCGUCGCGCCAACAACAAUCGGACGAUUCAACACCAACACAACUUUAGUUCCUCAUUAACAGUUACAGUGGGUGUUUUGGUGUAACGGCAUAGUUCCUUGUGAUCUGACUGACACCUCAAGUGCUACAGUUUGCUAGUUUCGGAUAUUGGACAAGUGCAAAGUGACUGUGCGUGCUAUGCCGCAAUUCAAAGCUUAGCAGUCUACUGCGGGCGAUGCUCACAGGAGAGCAUGUGAUGCCGGCCUUUGACGCCCGGCGCCAUGCCCACGCCGCUGCAGCCCGGCGGCCCCGCUAGCGGCCCGCCUCCGGAGCGCAAGCGGCGCCGCAAGCGCGACGACCCGCAGAGCUCAGCCGCGCUCGAGCCCGACGACGACGACGGCGACAUGAGUCCCGAGGAGGAGCCGCGCAACGCACCCGCGGCUCCGGCGGCGCCCACGCCCGCGCCCUCGUCCGCACCCGCGCCCACCUCACCGCCCGCCGCGCCCGAUGCCGUCGACCUCACCUCGCGAAGAGACUCGCCGCCGCUCUCCUCCGACGUCGAACGAUUCGACGGCAAAAUCGUCUACAACCCCGACGGAUCCGCCUACAUCAUCGAAGAUCCCGAACUGUCUGAGGGCGAGACUAGCCUGCCCGACUUGCCUAAAAUAGAACCUGGGUGCAUAGUCGACAGCCGCGGCAGCAACGUCGAAAGGCAGCUUGAAUUCCCUCAGAUCGCCAGUGCGUUCUACGUAUCCAGAAACCCUUCGUUAUAUGGCGCACUGUACGGUAGACUAGCGGCAGAAAGAGCGCGGGCGAGGCCUGACGCGCCAGUGAUGCACAGCUACCGAGUGUUCAGCUUUCGCGGAGGAAAAGAUGCUCCUAGACCGCCCUCACCGCCAGCUGAGUGCCCAAUCAGCGUUCCUGUUAAACCAAUCCUUAUGUGUUUUAUAUGUAAAUUGAGUUUUGGCUACGCUAAAUCUUUUGUAGCACAUGCACAAUCAGACCAUAGUUUAUCGUUACUUGACUCAGAACGAGACGCCUUAUCAAGAGAAAACGCUUCUGCUAUCAUCCAAUGCGUUGGCAAAGAUAAAGAACCGCUAGUCUCAUUUUUAGAACCAGUAGGCACUGCUGCACCACCUCGUGCGUCAGUUUCUGACAGUCCUGCAAACAUGUCAGAGCUUUCAAGUCCUUCCAUGGACAAACGGCCAGAAACAGUGACCCCCGACAGAGACAAUGACUCAAUGUUGCCUAAUGGAACAUGCGAUGACAGAAGGCCUAGUCCAAAUGCUUGGAGACCACCAAGGUCGAUAGCAGAGUCCAUGAUGCCGCAGCAUUCCCUGAUAUCUGUAGCACAUCCUCAUACGAUAAAUGCUUCAGUACAACAACGGGUUAGUCCAAAUUCUUCCCCACCGUUCCAAGCAACUCCUCCAGCUUUCCUUUCGGGUACGACGAUAGGUGUUUGUCCAGACCACCUGGGGGGUAGACCCUCUGGUGCUGAUUGUCCAAAAUGUGAGUUGAUACUGAAUUCUGGAAGACUAGGUGGUCCAUUAGCUGGAAUGCAUAGUCGCAAUUCAUGUAAAACUUUGAAAUGCCCGAAGUGUAACUGGCAUUACAAAUACCAGGAAACCUUAGAAAUUCAUAUGAAAGAAAAACAUCCCGAAGCUGAGACAAGUUGCAUUUACUGCAUAGCUGGCCAACCACAUCCUAGGUUAGCGCGCGGUGAAACUUAUACCUGUGGCUACAAACCAUACAGAUGCGAGGUGUGUAAUUACUCGACAACAACUAAAGGCAAUCUCAGCAUACAUAUGCAAUCGGAUAAGCAUUUAAAUAACAUGCAAGAGUUACAGAAUGGUGGUAAUCCUGGAGAAGGAACUUUACCUCCUGCUCCACAGCAUACUCCGCCUGGUGUCCAUAAACCACCACUGCCACAUCAUUCGCCUUUAGGUCAAAAGCCAAAGCCCACUUUCCGUUGCGAUGUUUGUAAUUAUGAAACAAAUGUGGCUCGUAACCUAAGAAUACACAUGACAUCUGAAAAGCAUACCCACAACAUGCUGGUAUUACAACAAAACGUGAAGCAUAUGCAAACACUUUCAGCGUUACAUCACAGACAACAAAGCCAACAACAACUCGAAAGCUUGUUACACUUUCAUGGAGGAGACGCACCCCCUCCACCAAAUCCAGAAGCUGCUCUCGCUGACAUGGCUUAUAAUCAAGCACUUAUGAUUCAACUAAUGACUGGAGGUCCUGGUCCUUCACCACCUGAACUUGGCGCCCAUCUCGAUGUUGGCCUAAACCCAGAAGCAAUGGAGCCCCCACCAGAACCGGCGGAUCCUGAACCAGAGAGAACUUUCCAUUGCUGCAUAUGCAAUUGCUUCUCAACAGACUCUCUUGAAGCAUUGGGUCACCACUUAGCUCAGGACCGAACAAAAAUCAGAGAGCAGGAGAUUUUGGCUUUGGUGGCAGGUCACUACGUUUGCAAACUCUGCACCUACAAGACAAACUUGAAAGCUAACUUCCAACUACAUUGCAAGACUGAUAAACAUUUACAAAGACUACAACAUGUGAAUCAUGUUAAAGAAGGAGGGCCAAGGAACGAAUGGAAGUUGAAGUUCUGUGGUGGCGUAGGAACCGGUGGUGCCGGUGUUGGUGGAGUGCAAGUUAGGUGUUGUGCUUGUGAUUAUUACACCAAUUCCGCUCAUAAAUUGCAGCUUCACGCUGCCGGUGCUAGGCAUGAAGCCGCUACUCUAUUGUUGAGACAUCUUCGGGACUGUGCGUCUCGGAUUCCUCGUGAAAGACCCCGUGUGUACCGCUGUGCUCUCUGUGGCUUUGGUGCUCCUCAUCGCCUGUCACUUCUGCAGCAUGUGCGAUCUGUGAAACAUCUACAAAUGGAACAAAUUCAUCAACUGCAGCGCCGUUCUGAAGGCAAGGACCCCACUCCUGACGUUGCUGAACUCUUCCAAAUGAUUCCGCAACCACCAGAACUACCUAGCCCGUUCGAUCAACAAGAAAAUGAUAACAAAGAACCUAUCGAUCAGAAGCCAGAACUGACUCAAGAACAAAAAAUGAUGCGGUUUUUGGAACAGCAUCAGCAACAACAGCAAACACAACAACAACAGCAAGUCCAACAGAGUUCCAAUGAGAGGGAUGAGGAGCGCGAGACGCCCGGCCCACAUGCGUGCCCCUAUUGCAACUUUAGCUGUGGAAGCGAGGCGCGUUUACACGCGCAUGUUUCUUCAAUUCAUGGCGACACUGUGAGACAUUUUAUCUGCCCGCUGUGUCAAGAUGCAUUCAAAGAAAGACCGGCUCUCGAACGACAUGUCAUGCAAAUUCAUUCAGUCAAUUCAGAGGGCUUGCAGAGACUUUUGUUACUCGUCGAUCAAAGCCAUUGGCUAAACGGCGGGCAGUCGCAGCGAGAUGAAACGAAACAGGGAGAGGACGAACGUGAGAUUUCAUCGCCUCGAUCUGAGGGCAGUGCAGACGGCGAGACCGAACGUUGUUCGGCUUGUAACCGAACAUUCCGCAAUGUUGACGAACUUUGCCAACACCAAAACGAAUCUGGCCAUCUUGAACUAAAACAAACACCUCAAGGCCCUGGGUACGUGUGCUGGAAAAAAGGAUGCAACCGUUAUUUUGAAGCGGCCCAUGCCCUACAAAACCAUUUCAGGGAAGCCCACGCUCGUAACUCGAUAGCAAACAUGUCUGUAUCAGAAAAGCAUGUUUACAAGUAUAGAUGCAAUCAAUGCAGCCUCGCCUUUAAGACUGUAGAGAAAUUACAACUUCAUUCUCAAUACCACGUGAUUCGUGACGCCACCAAAUGUGUUUUAUGUGGGAGGAGCUUCAGAUCUGUACUCGCGCUGCAGAAGCACGUUGAGACAUCCCAUCCUGAGCUUUCCGAAGAAGAACUGAACGCAUUCAAGAGAAGCCUGGCGUCUAAUCCCUUGCUCCAAUCUAAUCAAGGCACGGCGUUAGACUCCGCCACUGCUGAGUUAUUACGCAAAGAAGCGCUCAGAACGCCAGAUGAUGAGUUGGCUGAUACGGAAGACAGAGACUCAAGUGCAACUGUCGCAGAUGAGUCGGGACAUAAUGAUGCUGAAAAUUCUGAUGAUUCAAUAAUCUACAAAGAUCAACAAUUCUUGGAAGAUUAUUUGAACUCUCAAGCCAUGGCCGAAGAUUCGUACAAUGACCCUAACCGAAAAUACAAGUGUCACAGAUGCAAAGUCGCCUUUACCCGUCAAUCUUAUUUGACCGCCCAUAACAAAACCCUCCUACACAGGAAAGGCGAAAAACUAACAUAUCCAAUGGAAAAAUAUCUAGACCCCAACCGACCAUUCAAGUGCGACGUAUGCAAAGAAUCGUUCACACAAAAGAAUAUCUUGUUAGUUCAUUAUAAUAGUGUGAGUCAUUUGCACAAAUUGAAACGAGCCAUGCAAGAACAACAGAAUAAUAACAACCCUCCCGUAUCGCCCGGAGCAGGCUCCGCGCCCUCUAAUUUGACACUCACACCGAAGAGCACGUCGAGUGAGGAGGACGACCGAAAACGCUACAAAUGCAAUAUUUGCAAAGUUGCCUACACGCAAGGCAGCACGCUCGACAUUCACAUGAGAUCGGUGCUUCACCAGACGCGAGCGGGUAAGAUACAAGAGCUGGCCGCGGCCGGUCACGUGGACUUGUCGCGACCCUUAGUAGAGCAGCCGGACAGGAACGACCCCGCCAAAAUUUUACAAGACGUUUUGUCGCCAAAAAACACAUCCCCUUCGUCUACAAGCAGUGGGGGCCCGCGCUCGUCGCCCCCCGCCCGGCCAGGUAGCCCGCGGUCCCCGCGCGCAGGUAGCGCCUCGUGCGAUCGUUGCCACGCGUCAUUUCCUACCGGGGAGCUCCUCGACGCACAUCGUGCGACCUCAUGCCCAUUCGGCGAUGCGCGGGCGCAUUCGCCACUAGGUGACGCAGAAGCAGCGGCACUAGACGAAAUGGUCGCCAAGGGCAACCCGCCCAAACGUAACUCACAAAUGUAUAAACAACUUUUAGAGACCUUUGGAUUCGACCUCGUCAUGCAGUACAAUGAAAAUCAGCGGCGAAAAAUGCAAGAAGAACGUGAAAUGGCGCGGGCGCCUAGUCCUCCGCCGCCGCCGCCGGAGGAGAAGCCUCCGGAUGGCGAAUCGAAGUCGACGUGCCAGCAUUGCAACAAGGAGUUUUCUAGUGUGUUCGUGUUAAAAACUCACUGUGAAGAAGUGCAUAAAGAUAAAGUUCCUUUGGAGUUCUUGGAACAGUUCGCGGAGCAGUUCAAAUCGGAGUAUGAGAGGAAGUCGGGUGCUCCGAAUUCGCCGCGGGCGGCGUCGCCGGCGCCUCAGGGUGAGAGGUCACCGUCGCCUCGCGGUGAUGGUGCUGGUAACUUCAGUGAGAAUGGCAAUACGCCAAGUGAAGCGCAGGCUGGUGCUCUAUUGGCCGCGCAAGUGCAAGAGAUGCAGGCAGCUUUGAAUAUGCUCCAGCUGCAGCAGCAGUUGGGCCAGCUGCAUCCGAUGGUGGCCCAGAUGCUGUCAUUAGGGUUGCCACUGGGCCUGAACGUGGGUGCGCUGGCGGCUAUGAACCUUCAGCCGCCGCUGGUGCCACUCAUGCUGCCUCCUCCACCCUUCGAUGCCAUGCCCUACGCCCAUGAUGCUCAACUGAAACAACAGCAGUUGUUACAACAACAACAACAGGCGAACGCUGCCGCUGGACAGAAACGCGCUCGUACUCGCAUCACUGACGAGCAGCUGAAGAUCUUGCGAGCACACUUUGACAUCAACAACUCUCCGAGCGACGAAGCGAUAGCCAAGAUGGCCAAGCAAUCCGGCCUCGCCACUAAGGUAAUCAAACAUUGGUUCAGGAAUACGCUGUUCAAAGAACGCCAGCGGAACAAAGACUCACCUUACAACUUCAACAAUCCUCCAUCCACAACGCUGAACCUUGAAGAAUACGAAAAGACUGGAGAAGCCAAGGUCACGCCUUUAGACACUUCUGCUAGCUCUGACGAAGGUAAACCACCUCCAGAAAAGAAGGCGAAAACUGAAGACAUGAUGGCACAACAAGAAGUUAAGUCAGAACCCAAUGAUGAAUUGACAAUGGAAGAGAAGUAUAACUCGUACGAAGACAGGCAUCAAGAGGAUAAAAGCUUUAUAUUUCCUCAAGCCCCAUCCCAGAGCCCUGCCCCGAGUGUGAAUCACUCUGACCAUCAGCAAAACAUUUCGCGGCCGCAGACGCCGACGCACUUGUCUUUGAAUUCCUUGAUUCAGUCGCAGUUAGACUCAAUUCCAGCUACGAGUAUACCACAGCCACCGCAUCCGUCAAUGUUGCCACCAAAGUUGAAUCCUAAUUUCACGUCCCCAAACUCCGCGCCCCCGAACGUCCUACCUUUGACCCCAAAUCGCAGCCUCAGCCCUGGCAGGGGACCGGCCGAUUUCGGACUUUCCGGGGGCAACUCGAACGGAUCCAACAGCUCGGGGUCUUCUGGCAAACGCGCCAACAGAACUAGAUUUACAGACUAUCAAAUCAAGGUUCUACAAGAAUUUUUCGAAAAUAACGCUUACCCAAAGGACGAUGAUCUUGAAUACUUAUCUAAACUGCUAGGAUUAAGCCCAAGAGUUAUUGUUGUCUGGUUCCAAAACGCCCGCCAGAAAGCGAGGAAAGUGUAUGAAAACCAACCAGCUGCAGAACCACCAGCAGGAGCUACCGAUGAUGCUAAUAGAUUUCAACGCACUCCUGGGCUUAAUUAUCAAUGCAAAAAGUGCCAAUUAGUAUUCCAACGAUAUUAUGAGUUGAUUAGACAUCAGAAAACGCAUUGUUUUAAAGAAGAAGAUGCCAAGAGAUCUGCCCAAGCGCAGGCUGCAGCAGCACAGGUGGCGGCCACUUUGAGCAGUGAGGACUCGAACUCAAGUACUGUGGAACACCACGCGCCUCACGUCCCGGUGUCACCGGCCCCUCCUCGUACCCCCACCCCCGCAGCUCCCAAUUACCCAGUGUCCCCGGCGCCCCCCGCCCCUCACACCCCAGUCACACCCCUCUCGCAUCAGCCAAGAGAAGAAAAAGAUGGCAAUUUUCAAUGUGAUAAAUGCAACCUUGUCUUCCCUCGUUUCGAUUUAUGGCGAGAACAUCAACUCGUUCACAUUAUGAACCCAAACCUAUUCCCCACAUAUCCUCCUGAUUCCCCUUUUGGCAUUCUUCAACAACACGCACAAUUGCAACAGCUGAAUGCUUCCCUGGGCAACGAUGACGCAAGACACCCUUUAGUAGCUGCAUUGAAUCAACAAGUUGCUAAAAGAAAAUUUGAUGAGUUUGAGGAGGUGGAAACUGGUGAGCAGCCGAAAGACAAGCGACUGAGGACGACAAUUUUACCUGAACAACUGGACUAUCUGUACCAAAAAUACCAAAUUGAAUCAAAUCCUUCCCGAAAAAUGCUCGAGAAUAUUGCUCGGGAGGUUGGAUUAAAAAAAAGAGUUGUACAAGUUUGGUUCCAAAAUACACGAGCACGUGAGAGAAAAGGACAAUUUCGUGCGCAUGCGCAAGUCAUCAACAAAAGAUGUCCCUUUUGUCCAGCAUUGUUCAAGGUUAAAAGCGCACUAGAAAGUCAUUUGAGUACGAAGCACGCAGACCAAUGUGCAAGAGGCGAAAUUAAUGUAGAUGCACUGCCGGAUGAAGAAUUGAGCACAGAAUCAACGCCAAGUUUUGGCUCCCAACAAAGUGACCGGCAGCAAAAUUUUUCCCAAGCGGGGGCUCCCAUGUUGCCCCCUAUUUUCCCGCCUUUUCACUCAGACAUGGAGAAAUUUAUCAAGCAGUACAGUGAGGAAUCAAUGAAACGUUAUGUAAGCGAACUACAAGCUCACGCGGCCGCCCAACAGAACGGUGGUAACAAUGAAAACAGUGAAAGACGUCCUGAACAUGGAAAAUCGGAGAUACCCCUAGAUCUCAGCAAGCCUGUUGAUCUCUCUCGGCCCGGCUCGGAUGCCGACGAGCGCUCGGACACAGCGUCAGAAACGAUGGAAUUCUACGAGGAAGACGAGCCGACAUCGCCGGUGACCGGCCAGCCGCAGACGCCGAGACCCCCCGGCAAACGCUACCGCACUCAAAUGUCAUCACUGCAAGUUAAAAUAAUGAAAUCAUUAUUCAGCGACUACAAAACGCCGACAAUGGCGGAGUGCGAGGCGCUAGGGCGGGAGAUCGGCCUGCCGAAACGCGUGGUGCAAGUUUGGUUCCAAAACGCGCGUGCCAAAGAGAAGAAGGCGCGGCUGGCGGCCGGCCUUUCGGAGGUGUCGGACGCGCCGCCGCCGAAGGAGUGUCGCGUGUGUGACUUCAAGUACAGCCACAAGUACUCGGUGCAAGACCACGUGUUCACGCGCGGGCACAUCGCGGCCGUGCGCGCGCGGCUGGAGAGCGGCGUGACGGCGGUGGCGGACGACGGCACGCUGGCGCUGAUGCAGAUGGCGGCGCGGCUCGAGAGCGGCCUGGGCGGCGAGCUCCACAACGCCUUCCUGCGGCCGCAGCUCGCCGGCAACGGUGAGUGCACCACUUGACCCGGCCCGCCGCCGGCGCUCCCGGGCGCCGCGCGACUCCGGCCCGAUUACGUAGAACCUCGCAGCGGCGAGUUUCGCUCGAUCGAGUGCAAGUGCGCUCCAUUCGAUAAUGCGCCGAUUACACACGACUCGAGCGAGGCUCUUUUCGUGCCGUGACGGUCGUUGCUCCAUUUUCCUACUAGUGAGUCCUUUUGUAAAUAACGUUUAGAUGUUACGUGGAAUAGUUUUAUUGAUAUCCUCACGUAGUGUUGGUUUAGUGAUUUCGAAUCUUUAAGAACGUCUUUGACCACUCUCGGGUCCAGUAUAAAUCGUCUUCUGAAUUUAAAAUAGAUGCCAUUUACCGAUAAAUAACUCAGCUAUUCUGUUUGUCUCAUGCGAAAGCUAAUGGUGGCACGUACACAGCCGAUUCAAUCUCAGAAAUUAUUUUGUAAUUCAAAUAAUUACCAAGUACCUAUCGCUCGAAGCGUGGCAACUGAUCGAAACAGUAAAAAACAUUUCUCAAUCUGCCGGUAAUAAUACAGGCUUAAAAUUAGUGUGAAAUGGAUUAUUUUUUCUGAGGCUCGGGUGCCAGAGAUUUGUUUUUGAUUAAUUGUGAAGUUAGUUUUGGUAUUUUUGUUCGGUGUUGUGUUUGUGGUCGGCGACGCGGCUGUCGCCAGAAGGCGGCGGGGGCGGCGCUGCCAUUCAAAUGCAAACGAAACACAACAAUGGCAGCGCUAGGACGCGUGAAGGACGCCGUAUAUAUAUCUAAUGGACCCGAUCUGACAUAUACAUUUCGCUCCACAUGAAUAAUCGAUUGUUUUCAUAACACCCAUCAAACAACUUUCUCGAUUUUUUCUUUCUUUCUCUAACGGUUCGGAAAACACUAAACACCAACACUACGUCACGAUAUAGCCUAGUAAUCUGUUGCAUAAUAUUAUUCUUCCUAGUUGUUCAUAUUUAAAACUCCUAUUAGAUAUUAGCGACUUGUCGAUUGUUGUAGGAUUGUAAUGAAAACCAAAUUAUAUAUUUUAGAAAAUUAAAAACGUUUUAGUUAUCAUGUAAAGUCAUAGCGAAGCCUGAAGUCUAUAUAACUAUUUAAAUAAGGUGCCUUUUAGGAUGGAAGUGUUUUGUAAAUUAUUAUCUCUGAACUCCACUGUAUAUAAUUAAAGUGUACAAGUAUACUAUUAGUUGUAAUGAUAAAGUACGCUGUAAAAUUGUCUCCGAUCACUGCUCGUAAUAUGUUACGAUUAGUUAUCUAUAUAGGUAUAAAUAAAUAUAUUGUUUGUUUCGUCGAGGCGUCUUAAGAACUUGUGAUAUAACUGUAUAUCUAAUUAGUGUUUCGCAUAUCCUUUGCAAAUAGCUUGCGGCUGAAGCGCGAGCAUCAAAGCACUGAAAUACAUACAGACAUAACAUAGUUUGUCGGUUUUACAUAAUAAUAAGUCAGUCGUGUGGGGUCGCGCCGGCUGCAGUUUUUGCUAUUCCCUAACAUUUACAUAAGAGUGUCCCGAGAUUGGGGAGUUAGGCGAUAUGCAAAUAUUUUCUUCAAAUUUAAAUGUCCCGAACAAUCAAAGCUCGUGCGACGCCUGCCGCACCGCAACCGGCGCACGCGCCGCGGGUGUCGCCAUUCUUCUAUUUAUUUAUGUGGAAAUUUUUACCUACGUCUAUCGUCUUGAUACGUCUCUAUUGAUCUUUCAAAUGCAAAUAUUACACCUUACGACGGAAAGCAUAAUGCGGCGUAUUUACACGCAGCGAGCGCGUACAUGCGAGUACAACAUUCGCCUUAUGAUUUAGAGUUUUUAGAGCAUGCCUAUUUGCAUAUCGCUUUCUUUUAUUUUUAUUUUUUUGUUUUGUGUUAUGUUUGUAUUUAUUUUUGUUCUUUGAUUUUAUUCUAAUAUUUUGUUUCGUGUAGAUAUUAUUAUGUAUUCGCACCAUGCGAUUGGUGUUUUAUUUGAUAUUGACUUUGCCUCCAAUUACGACUUCCAUAAUUUUAUUUUAAUUUGUAUAAUUUAAUUUUAAAGUAAUAACUUGCGAUCUGCAUUUACUGUUAUUAAAAUGAACGUUGUUCAGUAGUUGUUUGAUACAAAGUCCAGUGCCAGCCAGUGAAAGUAUUCUUUGGUAAUUUGGGCGACGCACUCGUCGCGAUAUGAAAGAUUUUAAAGUCUUGUAAACUGAAUAGUAUUAUUAUAAUUAUUAUCUACAGUUAUUAUAUUUGCAGAAUUCGUUGAAAUAAAUGCAAUAUUUAUAUUAUUGA